GUCCAGGCUCAGAUGGUUGAGGCAAGAUGGUGCCAUUCCAACCACGUUCCAACGUUCCAACAGUGGAGGAAUACAUGCAAGUAAGAACAAUAUCCAGUGGUUACCCUCUCUUGAUUACCUCAUCCUUCCUAGGCAUGGAAGAUACAACAGAGGAGAUCCUUCUAUGGGCAACGAAUGAACCAGUGAUUAUUGCAGCUUCUACAGUUCUGCUUAGGAUCAUGGAUGACAUUGUUGGAGAUGAGUUUGAACAAGAGAGACAACAUGUUGUUUCUAGCAUUCAAUGCUAUAUGAAAGAGUAUAAAAUCUCAAGGAAAUGUGCCAUUGAAGAACCACGUAAGUUAGUUGAGAAUGCUUGGAAGGACAUAAACAAUGCAUGCUUAGCUCCUACUCAAGUACCAAUGAAAUUUCUUAUGCGUGCAGUCAACUUUGCACGUGUGGUCGACGUGCUUUACAAAGACGAAGAUAUCUUUACAAAUGCAGGAGGAAAAAUGAAAGAUCACAUUGAAGCUUUAUUAGUUAAAAAGAUGUCUGUAUAAACUUAAGCUUUGGUCUUUAAUUAAUUGUUGGUGAUA